AAACACACGGGCCGGGCGCACCCUGCCGCCGCGCCGCUCCGCGGUCUUCCGGCGCGAGGGCUGGGGAACCUCCUCCCCGCUUGGGCACCCCCCACCUUCGCGGCCCAGAUCCUCCCGCCAGCCCGGCCCCUCCUUAGUAGGGGGAGCGAGGCGACGGUUGCCGGGAAGCGCGCGAGACCUCUCCCUCCCAUUCUUCGUCCUCCCCUCGCGCGCCACCCGUUUUUCCUAUUUCUCCGUUAAUAACAGCUGGGUGGCUGGGGGAGGAGGGAAGGUGGCCCCGGCGGAGUCUGGGCGGGCGCCUCCCACUCAGCCGCCAGCCGCCGUGGGAGCCGGAGGAUGGCGGCGGUAGCAGCGGCCGCCCGAGAGGAGGCGGUGCCGAGGUCGAGGGCGCCGAGCGCGGCGGCAGAGAGCGGUAGCGGCCCGUCGUGGCGCACCAGAACCGAAACCAGCGGCAGCCGCACGGCCACUUGAGCCGCCCCUUCCUGCUGGAGCCAGCGAGGGGUGCCUGCAGCCAGGACCCCUUCCUCUCCGCGUCUCCUCGUCUUCCGCGCCCGCGUCAGGCCGCCGGCCUCGCCCACCGCCCCAAGAAGAGCGCGCCGGGCGCGGACUGCCCCUCUGAACGCCGGGCGGCGGCCCUGGACGUGCGGGGGCCUUUCUGGGCCGGCCGCGGCGCCUCGGCCCUGCCCUCUAGCUCCCGCGCUCGCUCCCGCCCUCCCGGUUCUCGGGGCGCAGCGCGCGGGCCCGGCCCGGGGCAGGGCGGACAUGGGCGCCAAGCAGAGCGGCCCGGCCGCCGCUAACGGCCGCACGCGCGCGUACUCGGGCUCGGAUCUACCUUCCAGUAGCAGCGGAGGGGCCAAUGGGACCGCGGGCGGCGGCGGGGGCGCUCGGGCCGCCGCCGCGGGGAGGUUCCCGGCUCAGGUGCCCAGCGCGCACCAGCCCAGCGCCUCUGGCGGCGCCACGGCGGCCUCGGCAGCCCCAGCAGCCCCGCGCAGCCGCUCCCUCGGCGGGGCCGUGGGGAGCGUGGCGUCGGGGACCCGCGCGGCGCAGUCCUCCUUCAGCAUCCCGAACAGCAGCAGUGGCCCGUACGGCUCGCAAGACUCGGUGCACAGCAGCCCUGAGGACGGCGGCGGCGGCGGCGGCCGGGACCGGCCGGUGGGCGGGAGCCCCGGCGGGCCGCGCUUGGUGAUCGGCUCCUUACCAGCUCACCUCUCACCGCACAUGUUUGGAGGAUUUAAGUGCCCUGUAUGCUCAAAAUUUGUACCCUCAGAUGAAAUGGAUUUGCAUCUUGUAAUGUGUUUAACAAAGCCAAGGAUAACCUAUAAUGAGGAUGUACUGAGUAAAGAUGCUGGGGAAUGUGCAAUAUGCCUUGAAGAAUUGCAGCAGGGAGAUACUAUAGCACGACUGCCUUGUCUAUGCAUAUAUCAUAAAGGCUGCAUAGAUGAAUGGUUUGAAGUAAAUAGAUCUUGCCCUGAGCACCCUUCAGAUUAAGCGUCAGCUUCCUGUUUUAUAGGUUUUCUUGUCUUGACAAGAUGCUUGAAAAACCAAGAGGAUAUGAAGAUCUGUCUCUGGAGAAACAAAAACGCAGGCAUACUCAGCCAGAAAUCUGAGUUUUGUGAGACUUGGUAAUACAGAGAUGGACAAUCGUACUGGGGUAAAAAACCCUGCUGAAGAGAGGACAGUGACCACAGAACUCAGUGUACCAAACGUGCGUACAAAGGACACACAGGGAUUUUGAAAAUGCUGCACAUCCCUUAAUAGUCAUCUACAUAGGUAAUACUGAUAAACAUUUUGUAUUCAGACGCCAAAGUUAACUGAUUUAAAAGUUGAUUUACUUUUUAUUAAGUUCUCCAGAGCUGCACAACUAGUUAUGUUUUGAUUUGUUUUAUUUUUUAAUUUGGGUUCUCUUUGUUUUCCCCAACAUAAUGUUUCUGCAUUCAUCUGUUCUUAAAUUGAAAAACAUAUAAUUUACUUCUUAUAAAUUAAAGUCUUAAAUGUGAAACCAAGAAAUGUAAUCAAGCAGUGAAAACAUUAUCUGAAUGUAGACCGUGAUCUCAAGUUCUUCCAUUUUUUCCCCCACAAGUGGAAAAUAGACUUCUACAUAGGAAAGCUAAAAUGUUAAUAUUUUUAAAUUAAAGGUUUAAUAUCAGAAUGCAGUCCAAAGAGCAAAUCACAUUACAUAAUUACAUUUUAAUUAAAUAUAGAAUAUUCUACUGAAUUGCAAUUUAUUAAAUAUUCUUAUCCUCUUAAAACUGCUCAACAGUUAAUCAGCAGUGAAUCAUCUUGCAGCUAUGCAACUUAAAAAAAUACAGAUUACCAAUUUCAAGUGCUGCCAGCUUAAAUAACUGUUUUAACGGGUAUCUUUUGUUUGUUCUUUUCACUUAAUUAUUUUAUUGUGCUUUGCAUCUCCAGGCAGUUCUCUCACAUUUGGGUAAAAUGUUUAGCAGGCUGUAAACUUAAGAAAAGGGUAAAAUAAAAUUUUCUGGAGUAGAUGUUGGAAUUUGAGGGAGAUUUUAUAUACCUUCAAAAACUGUAAUUUAAUUGGGAUGCCAGGUUUAUAGCAAUUUGCAUCUUCAAUUUUCCAGAUAAUCUGGAGGUUAGCAUUUGAUAAAUGAUUUUUUAAAGUAGAUACGAAGAUUUUGUUAAUUUAUAAUUUAUUCAUGUUUUAUUACUGUAAUUGAAAAUGUUAUAGAUACUUUUAAAUUCAGUUUGUGUAGAAAGAAAUGUGUUAAACAAAAUUAUGUUAAUAAAUAUUCCCACAUAAUACAUCUGAAUGGUUAAAAAUACUGGAAGAAUUGUCAGGGCUAUAAUAGUGAAUGUCUUUUUUUAAAAUAUCAAAAAUAUAGAUAAGUAGGUUUUGUGUUUUCAACAUAGGGAAAAUGUUAUCAGUGAAUAGGUGGUGUACUUUACUUGGUAUAACUGAAAGUUGCACAGUAAGUACUGUUUCCUUAUUUUAAUCUUUCUUUACUCAUAAUGUAUUUAAGAAUUUGCUGUUUUAUUUAACGCUGCUACUCUUAAUCUUCUCUAACUUUUUUCCCCUACUUUCUUGCUUCUGUUUCACAUUUUUUAAAAGGGCAAGUACAGGAGCAACUGCUGCUACCCAGAAAAAUGUGUGUAUUAUAAAUAAUUAAAGAGUUUUUAAUUGCUUUCUGUAUGAUUCCAGAUCAGAUAACAUUUUCCCUGAAGUUAUGCUGUGAAAUGCCUUUUGUUAUGCUGCAAUUGCUAAAGGAAUCCAAAACCUCCAUUGUGACAGCUGAAGGCACAGUUUAAUAGGUGCUUUUUAACUAGUUAUGGAAAAUAUUCGUCCCUUAAGGAAACGAUUCUUUUUCUGUUUUUUUUUUUUUCUCUUACCAUGAAGUCUUAAUUUGAAUUCAUUUUAUUUCACAUUUUCGAUUUUGUAAGCUUUCAUACCCUCCUGCCCAAUCCUCUCAAGUAAAACCUCUUAGAAUGUGAAUAAUUGAUUCAUUUUCUAUUUCUAGUAUACUCUUGUGAUGAGAAUUAUUUUGCUGUCUUCCAUUCUUAAAGGAAGAGAUUUAUUACAGCUGUGGGGAUUAACUAUAUUCUCCUGGAAGUUGAUUUUCUGAUAGGUUAAUGCAAAAGUCAUUGCAAAACCUGCCAUUACUUUUGCACCAAUUUAAUAGUUCACUUGUUUAGUUUUUAACCUAUAUUGGCUUAAAUUCACUUUUUAGCCCCUCUUUGUCAUAAGGUUCUGUGCUGCAUUUGCUACAAUAGAAGCUCCUAUGGUUUUAAAGAAAGUUCAGUGUUUGUCAGUGUCAAGUGCUACUUUAUUAUUAUAUUUGUCUGGAACAGUAUUCACUUAAAUCUGUUUAUAGCAAUCCCUUUUUUGACAAAAUUUACAAAAUUGGCAUUUUUACUUUAAAUUCAGUCUCUGUCAGUGACUUCCUAAAAAGAGCAACUUAGAAAUUGGGGGAAAAAAUGUUUUUAAAGCCCAAAUGCUCCAGUUUUUAUUCAAAGUCGUUAUUCUGGAAAAUACAAGUAAUAUUCUGUAUAAUAUCACUUAAAAUAUUUGUAAAUCUAUUAUGCGAACACUGAAUAGUAUAAAUAAGAUAUAAAAUCACAAUAGAUAUUUAAAUACUAAGCUGAAACUACUGACAACUAAUUAUUAUGGGGGAUACAAUAAAGAUUGAAAGCCUAGGUUAUCAAGUUGGUUUUAGCUUUCUAGAAUCUUUGUAAAUACUCAUGUUCAAAUAAGAUCACACGUGCAUAUAUAGAAAGCAAUAUGUUCUGAAAUUUUACUUUAGUGCCACUGUUUGUCCAUAAUGGAUUUAUUGCCAAUUUUGAAUCCUCAUCUUACUUUGAUCUGGCUUUUUUUCCCCCCCUUGCUAGAAUGUUUAGGAGAAAGUAAAAUUAUUCUGUUUUACUUUGGCUUUUUGCCAGAGAUACAGACUAAGAAUAGUCUGAAUAUGUGUUUUUCAGAUCUGGUUACAAGACGGAUUAUAGAUUGUGUUUUAGAGCAAUGUUGUGAUUGAAAUAUAAAUAAUGGUAUAACUUUUUUGUGUUAGCAAAAACAACAUUAAAAAGGUUAUGUUACAUAAUAUGUAGGUUUUGGUUUCUUAGUGCAAGUCUUAUAUUUCUUUUAAAUGUUAUAUAGUUAUUUCCGUUUUCACUCACUAGCUACUUUACUAAAAUGUAGCCCCAAAAUGACGGGCCAGCCUCAGCAUAUCUGCCAUAUGUAUUUCAAAGAUUACAGUCUGAAUGAAUUAAUGAAAAUGGCAGGUUCCUUUUCAAAGUUUAUUUGACUCACAGCCAUAUUGCUAAGUUUGGGUAUAGUGAAGUUAAGAACAAUCACUUAAAUUAAUAUCUUAUCGCAAGAUAUACUGAUAUUGUUUUAAAUGAAAAAGACUGUAAAUUCAAUGUAAAUAUUACCUAACUUUAUGUACCAACUUAGGAGAGUGGAAGAGGGGAAUUUUUCAAAAAAUAAGCUAUAUUUGAACAAAGCAUGAAACCCUUGUUGUUUUAAAAUUUAAGAAUAAUUGAAUUUACCAUCUAAUUGGCAUCCGUACUGUGCACUGAUAGUAAUAUCCAAAUCAUCUUAUUCUUUCAUAGGGGAAGCUCUCAUUUAAAUCAAAUUGCUGAGAACUAUAUAAAACUACAUAGAGGUAAAUGGUGCUUAUUAAAUAUGAGUAUAGUUUGUUACUUGCUGGAAGUCUUCUAAUUCAUUUGGACCAUUUUCUUACCCUGAGGUGAACUCAGUAUCUAUUGGCAAUGAGUGGUUAAAUGUGAAGUGCCCUUGUUCAGUGUCCCUUGUUCUUGUACAGGUAUUUUCUUAGUUAAAAAAAAAAAAAAAAUCCUAUCAUGUCAACAUUUGUCUUUGGCCUAUUCCCUUUUUUCUGAAGUGUAUAACUUCUGAUUUUUUCUUUGCUAUGUUGUGAAUAACAGUAGUUAAAUUCUCUGUUUUACUAUCUACUUUUCUUUUCUUCCCAGAUCAUUUCGUUCUAAAACUAAAUUGUUUGGUUUUCUUUAGAGGAAAUUGCUACGUGGUAUACUUGUAGUAGUGAUUCAUAUUCAGGAAUAGCUGGUAAACCUUUCUAGGUAGUAACUUAUCCAAACAAUACUUUGAGUGUCAUAUUUUGUGAAUGCCUUGCUUAAACUAGGAAACUGAAUAUUCUUUUUAAAUCAUAUAAUUCCUGUAUUAAAUGUGAAACACACAGUCUCCAAAGUCACCUGAUUCUCUGUGGAAAAUGAAAGGCAUUGAAGGAAACCAGAUAUGUUAAUACUUAGUUUUAGUUGAAAGUGCAACAUUACUGUACUUAGAGGAGGGGGUUGGUUUAUUUUUAGAUAUUUAAGCUAUCAUUAAUUUUAGACCAGUGGCUAAUAACAAGAGAGAUUUUUGGUUGCUUAUUUAUGGAGAGACAAAGAAUAGCGUGGCAUAAACAAACAUCACAGAAAUAAAUGAAAAAUUUUAAGUGAUAAAAUUGUGUUUUCUAUGAACCAGUGUUGUGCAUGAACCAACAUUGUGUUUCUUAGCUCUGACCUGUACAGUGAGGUACCUGUCAGGACCCCUAGUCCUGGCACUGGAAAUGACAAAGUUCUCCUAUUACUAAAUUCUCAUGCCUUUUCUGACUUAGUAGGUUGAAAUUGGUAGGUACUAAUGAUUUAUGUUUGAUAAACUUAAAGUUCUGCUUAUAUCCUGUUACCGGUAAUUCUGGUACCAAAAUCUCAAAAGGUUUGAUUAUUAGUAGCAUUUUGAGUACCUAUGUGUAUAUAAUACAGUUAGCAGACCCUUAUAGAGGCAAAAGAGAUUUUGGAAGUUGGUGAUCCUGUUCUUUAUUACACUAGCCUAUUACAUUUUCUUUCUUUAUAAUAACCGUUUAUGUGAGUUUCAUUGAAAAUCGUGGCUCUAUUGCUUUAUUCAUGGUUUCCACAACUCUUUCUGUAACACCUUAAUUUUCUCUCUUAGGUAUUUUCCUGUUAAAUAAGAUAUCAAAAGCAACAAUCACAAGACAGAGAAAACGUAUUAGGAAAAACUUGUAUUAGUAUAUUCUAAGCUGAAAUGGAAAAACUCAUUAUUCAUAUUUUAAUAAAUAAAACUCCCAAAUGAUCUUGCUAAAUUAUCCCAUUAUUUAGAAGUAGAAAAUAAGAGAAGAGUGCUUUCAGGGAAAUUUGUCAUAUUCUCCCUUCUAUCUAGAAGUUGACAAUGAAUUGCAAUAAAACUAAGAAAUAACUGAAUGCUGACAAAUACCAUGAAUUAAUGUUAUGGCUUCUUUAUUUUUGUAUAUCCAUUCCCACAAAAUUGAGUUUAAGAUUAUUAAUGAAAAUUCUAUAAUAAGUAAUAAUGCUUGUAUUAGUAAUGGGCAAAGAAGUCUCUCUUUGUUACAUUAACCAUUAGUAAAAGAUGUACUUUGACAUUUCUGAUGUAAAACCUACAUGUAAAUGUUGUAAUUGAAAUAUGAUUGGACAGCUGUUAUGUUUUGGGGAGGGAAGCAGAUGCCAGCGUUCUCUGCUGAAAAGACAAGAUGGCGCUUGACGGACCACAGCAGAUGGAGUUGGAGGAGGAAAAGGCAGGCAGUGGACUCUGCCAAUAUUAUCUGUCCAAGAUUGAAGAACUCCAGGGUCAACUGCAAUAUAAAUUGGAUGGGGGAAAGCCACAAGGAACAGUUCUGAACUCCAGGUGCAUUUGCAGCUGAUUUUGAAUGAUAAGACCCAAAACCUCUGGAGGUGGCAGGUGCACAGGAAUGAAUUAAAUGCUAAAGUGUGCCUAUUACAGGAGGAGCUACAGCUGCUGCAGGAAUAGGACUCCUGUGUCAGGGAAGUAGUCCAGGCUAUGGAUAAGAAAGUGUUGGUCAAGGUGCAUCCCAAGGACAAGUUUGUCGUAGAUGUGGACAAAAAUAUCAGCAUCAGUGAUGAGACACCCAGUUCCUUGGUGGUUCUAAGAAAUGACAGCUACACUUUGUACAAGAUCCUACCCAACAAGGUGGGCUCAUUGGUGUCACUGAUGAUGGUGAAGGAAGUACCAGAUUCGACUUAUGAAAUGAUUGGUAGACUGGAUAGGCAGAUCAAGGAGAUCAAAGAAGUGAUCGACCUGCCUGCUAAGCAUCCCGAGCUCUUCAAGGCACUGAGCAUUGCACAGCCCAAGGGAAUGCUGCUUGGAAGACACUGUUGGCCUGGGCUCUGGCUCAUCAUAGGGACUGUACCUUUAUUCAUGUCUCUGGCUCUGAAUUGGUACAGAAAUUCAUUGGGGAAUUUCUGUGAUGGCAGAGAAAAUGCUCAUCUGUCAUCUUCAUGGAUGAAAUCAACUCUUUCGGCUCCUCAGAGCUGGAGGGGGAUGCUGGAGGGAACAGUGAAGUGCAGCAGACGAUGCUUCGAGGAUGGCUUUGAGGCCAUCAAGAGUAUCACGGUUUAUCCUGGCUACUAAUACAAUUGAUAUCCUGGACUUGGCACUGCUUUGCCCAGGGCACAUUGACAGAAAAAUUGAAUUCCCACCCCACAAUGAGUAGGCCUGGCUGGACAUUUUGAAGAUUCAGUCUCAGAAAUGAACCUGACCCAGGGGAUCAACCUGAGAAAAAUUGCUGAGCUUAUGCUAGGAGCAUCAGGCUGAAGUGAAGGGCAUGUGCACAGAAACCGGCAUGUAUGCCCUGAACAGUGAGUCCAUGUCACUCAGAAGGACUUUGAGGUAGUCCAAAGUCCUGUCUCAUGCCAAAGGACAUGCCAAAGGACAGCGAGGAAAAACAUGUCCAUCAAGAAACUAUGGAAUUGAGUGGACAUCCUUUGUCUGUAUCCCUACAAUAAAACUCAAUGGGACAAGCAAAAAAAAAAAAAAAAAAAGUUUUGGGGAGGGAUGAUCUGCUAGCGUAUAAUCAAUAACUUUUAAAAUUUAGCUUGUAUUUAGUAGCGCUUCGUUAUGUUUUGAAAAAAAAAGUAAAAAAUCUUUUGAAGCACAAUUUUCAUGAUGUUAAAGGUAUUGAGUUUCCUAGUGUAAGAACAUGAGUUCUGGAAACAGUCUUAGGGACACUGGGCAAGAUAGAGGCCUCCCCCCCCCCCCCCACCAACUUUGUUUGUAAAAAGAGAUAAUACUGCCUACAUCAGGGUUGAUGUGAGGAUUAAUUAGAAAAGUACAUGUAUGUAAGCACCAGACACACAGUAAACACUUAAUAAUGUUAGUGGCUAGUGUAAACAAACAUAUUCGUGCCCAUUUAUGAAUAAUUUUAGUAUUCUCUCCAGUCAUGAGGUGUAGUAGUAAUAUCUAAGACCUUAACUGAAGUGUUUAAAGAAUCCUAGGUAUAACAGAGAACAUUAUGGGUGCAGAUUUCCACUCUCACUAAAACCCAGUGACUUUACUAUAUCAGCACCUAUAAAGCACUACUUGAUUCUGUAGAUUGUAUGGACCAAGAAUGUAGAUAUAAGACAGCUUGUCUCUAGGAACUGAAUUUUUAGUGAGUAAAGCAAGCAAGCAUGUAAUAGAGAACAAUAAAAGCUCUGAUAGACAUGUACAAGGUGUUGUAGAGGUACAAAGGAAAGUUAUUCAGACUAGGCAAGAGAGUGAUUAAACUUAAGUAUUUAAGAACAAAUAGAACAUAGCUCUAGGGGAUGUGGAACAUGCAAAGUGGAAAGUUUGAGAAGAGUAUUCCCAAGGCAAAAAGCUUAGCACAUAAAAACAUAGGAGGAAAGCAAGACACUCUUACAGAGUUGCUAUGCUUUGGGAGGCGGAGGCGGGCGGAUCACGAGAUCAAGAGAUUGAGACCAUCCUGGCCAACACAGUGAAACCCUGUCUCUACUAAAAAUACAAAAAUUAGCUGGGUGUGGUGUGCGCCUGUAGUCCCAGCUACUCGGGAGGCCGAGGCUGGAGAAUUGCUUGAACCCAGGAGGUAGAGGUUGCAGUGAACUGAGAUUGUGCCACUGUACUCCAACCUGGCAACAGAGCGAGACUCUUGCCUCAAAAAAAAAAAAAAAAAAAAAAAAAAGUUGUUGGCCAGGCACAGUGGCUCACACCUGUAAUCCUAGCACUGGGAGGCCGAGGCAGGGUGGAUCACCACCUGAGGCCAGGAGUUUGAGACCAGCCUGGCCAACAUGAUGAAACCCUAUCUCUACUAAAAAUAGAAAAAUUAGCUGGGCGCGGUAGUGUGCACCUGUAGCCCCAGCUACUUGGAAGGCUGAGGCAUGAGCCCAGGAGGCGGAGGUUGCAGUAAACUGAGAUUGUGCCACUGCACUCUAGCCUGGGCAAUAGAAUGAGACUUUGUCUCCAAAAAAAAAAAAAAAAAAAAAAAAAAAAAAAAAAAAAAAAAAAAAAAAAAAAAAAAAAAAAAAGUU